ACAACAGCCCUGCGCCGAGCCGCCGCCUUGCCUGCCCCCCAGAGCGCGCUGUGCUGCUUCCCCCGCCUCCUGUCCACCGCGGAGCCGGGACGGCAGCUGGCCGGGCCUCUCUACAGCAGAGCGGGGGAACCCUCACGGGGGUCAGACCCCUCCGGGCCUCAGCUCGGCUUGCGCGGCACCGCCCCGCUGCCCUCAGCGCCCCGCCUCUCCCGGCUCGGCCGGAGUCUCCGCGGCCUCCGGCACCCCCGUCAAGAUGUCUGCGCUGCGGGCCACCCGGCAGAUACUUCAGACCAUUGCAGGGCAUGGAUGGAGGUCACACUCUAGCAAACCUGCUCAAAGUGCACAUAUAGGCAAACCUGGAGCUGGCUUUAGCUUCGAACUUACUGAUGAACAGAAAGAGUUCCAAGCUACUGCUCGUAAAUUUGCUCUGGAGGAAAUUAUUCCAGUUGCUGCACAAUAUGACAGAACUGGAGAGUAUCCUCUUCCACUUAUAAAACGGGCUUGGGAACUUGGUCUUAUAAAUUCACAUAUACCAGAAAGCUGUGGUGGUCUUGGCCUUGGCAGUUUUGAAGCAUGCCUUAUUACAGAAGAGUUAGCUUAUGGAUGUACAGGGGUUCAGACUGCCAUUGAAGCAAAUUCCCUAGGGCAAAUGCCAGUAAUCAUUGCAGGAAAUGAGCAGCAGCAGAAAAAGUACUUAGGAAGAAUGACAGAGGAACCAAUGAUGUGUGCUUACUGUGUAACAGAGCCUGGAGCAGGCUCUGAUGUGGCUGGUAUAAAAACAAAGGCUGAGAAGAAAGGAGAUGAAUACGUUAUUAAUGGUCAGAAGAUGUGGAUCACAAACGGUGGGAAAGCAAACUGGUAUUUUUUGCUAGCUCGUACCAAUCCAGAUCCAAAAGCUCCUGCAAGCAAAGCCUUUACUGGAUUCAUUGUGGAAGCAGAUAGCCCUGGAAUCCAAGUUGGAAGAAAGGAAAUUAAUAUGGGUCAACGCUGCUCUGAUACAAGAGGUAUUGUCUUUGAAGAUGUGAGAGUCCCAAAAGAAAAUGUACUAAUAGCUGAAGGAGCUGGCUUUAAAAUAGCAAUGGGAGCUUUUGAUAAGACCAGACCACCUGUAGCAGCUGGUGCUGUUGGAUUAGCAAAAAGAGCACUUGAUGAAGCUACUAAAUACGCUUUGGAGAGAAAAACAUUUGGGAAACCAAUUGUUGAACACCAAGCAGUGUCUUUCUUGCUUGCUGAAAUGGCAAUGAAAGUGGAACUGGCUAGGAUGGCUUACCAGAGAGCUGCUUGGGAAGUUGAUGUUGGUCGCAAGAAUACCUUCUAUGCUUCCAUUGCAAAGGCAUUUGCUGGUGACAUUGCAAACCAAGUAGCUACAGAUGCAGUACAAAUUUUUGGAGGAAAUGGAUUUAAUACUGAAUAUCCUGUAGAAAAAUUGAUGAGAGAUGCUAAAAUCUACCAGAUUUAUGAGGGAACUGCUCAGAUUCAAAGGAUGAUCAUAGCUCGUGAACAUGUUGGCAAAUUUAAGGCUUGAAGAAAUGUAUCAAGUGUGUCUGGUGCCACUGUAGUGUUCUGUGUUCUCAUGGAAGAGGAUUUUAGUGGACUUCUCAAUAGAAUUAGAGGCCUGGAGAAAAAAAAAACAACCACAC